AUGGAUGAAAGAUUAGACCAGAAUGAAGAUAACAGAUACAGGCCAACAUCAGCGGUGCAGGUUUGUGUCUUCCAGGAUUAGUUUUGUUCAGUGCACGCUUUAAAAGUUUGAUGAGAGGGCGAACCUCUCGCUCCGCGAUACAUUUACUGGUACGGUAGUUUUUAGUUCGAGAAUACUCUGUGACUGUAAAAAGGUGACUGUUGAGAAGGAUUUUUAAUGUUUUUUUUUUCGUUUGACUAAUUUAAUGAACCAGCCAUAGUUACUCGUUCUUUGUAGCUGAAAGGGGUUCUUGCCUCAUGGAUGGAAUCUUCAUUGAUGUUUUAAUCAAGCGACUCAAUAUACUUACGUUUUGAAUAAGUUCUCUGAGGUUUAUGCAAGGCACGUAAUUUGAAUCCAAGAGAAUAAAAUGAAAGCUUUUUUCAGGAGCAUGUCUCAAUGCACUGUUUAUUCGAAUGUGAAAGAUUUGUUUGAGUAUACCAAAUUCUAUUUUACCUGCAUCAAAAAUAACUUUUGCAUUGGUAUUCCAUGGAGAGAGGAGAAUUUAAAUUCUUCCAAUUACUGACGAGUUGUUCUCUGUCUAUUGUUGAAGACUGCAGAUUGGUAGUAACAUUAAAAGAAUGUACCUUUUUUGCCACUUUUGCACUGCCUGUAACCUUGUCCUUAUUAAAAAAAAAUGCCCUCAACACCUACAAAUUAAGCAAAGUUGAGUAAAGAUUGUUUUUUGAUUCUCUUGGGACAACUGUAAUACUCGGAGGAAAUUGAAUACAAUGGUUAUAAUGCAAAUGUGAUAAUCCAAAAGUGGCCAUUUGCUAGGAAUAAGAAACAGUCAAAACACUAACGCUAAUGGCCACCUUUCUAUUAUAACGACCACUUUUCUGGUGGACAGUUGAUACAUGUACAUUGACUCUUGUUAAAACCUUUCUAUCAUGGCCACCUCUCUGGCAUGGCCACUUUCUUCUGCCCCCUAAAUGGCCAUUGUGGAGAGGUUUAGCUGUACAAUUGAAAAGUAUUGGAAAAAAAAUAAUAGUGAAUUGGUUUUGCAGGCCCACGGCAGCCUCAUGUCUGCCAGUCCUUCAGGCCUGCAGACAACGACAUCAUUACCAGGAGGGCUGUAUCCUCCGACACCCAGCCCUAUGCCUCCCCUCACACCCAUGACACCAAUGACAGCUGAACAGGCUGGGAUUGUGCCACAACUACAGUGAGUACAUAUAAAUGAGAAUUGUGACCUUUAAAUUUGAAGUGUAAAUGCUAGACUGAGUACAAGUACAGUGAACUCUCUUUUAAGCAACAGAAACCUCUAUAACACGGCUAACUUGCUAAAAUGGACACCUAGAUUUGGUCCCUGCCUUUCUUUGCUCCUUACAGUUGACUCUCAAUAAGCCACACACCUCUCUAAGACAGACAUACUGCUGCCCCCAGAGGUGUUCUUCUUAGUGAUUGUUGACGGUAUGACUUUCAAAUUUCAAACCAGUUGCAUUCCUGGAACUGACACUCUUUCCGUGUCUGCUCAUAGAAAGGCACAACACUGAAGUAAGAUUCCAGUUGCAAAUGACUGUCGCAAGGCUUGACAGAUUUUCGUGAAGUAAACGUAUCAAGUGUUCUUUUUUUCCCUUCCCCCCCCCACCCAAAAAAAAAUGCCUGAUCACAGGUUAAAUCUCAACCUCGUUGCCAGGGUUCUCUCCUACCCGCCCUUCAGAGCAAGAGAGAGGGCUCUAUAGGGUGGGUAGGAGAGAACCCUGGGAACAAGGUUGGUUAAAUCUCAAGUCUAUAUGAGACAGAACAGUACAAAUAGUAACAAGAAAUGAAAACACAGCUGGUUGAAGGGGCUUCUGGUGAAUGGCUCAAUUCUCCUUCCAACCUUUCUCAUGUAUGCUUGUAAAUCAAAGGGAGAAUUUGCUAUUAGAUCAGGACCCACUUUGGGCCUCACACCAUACACCCCUUUGUGGCUGGGUCAGUACACCAGCACCCUUCUCUCACAACUAUGAUUGUGGUUCAGGUCAUUUAAUUUCUCUGUCGUGAAAUUCAUAACUGCAAUUGUUGGUUCUUGGCUUUGGUCUUGAGGUUUUUCUUCAGGUCCUCUGGUCCUCUAGUUUUCCACCCUCAGCAGUAACCUUUACUUCAAAAAUUAUUUCAGCUUGAUCAGGAAUUAAAAGAAGCUAGCUUUGUCGUGUUGGGACUGUUUACUAGUCACUUACAAACAAUAGUAUCUGUAGCUUGUAAAUUAAUGGGCUCUUACAAUCAAUAUUAAUUGAUUCUAACUUUGCACUGGAAUUAACUUAACUUACACCUUGUAUCAAACAAUAUUUCUUUCUGGUCCUUAUAAUUUUGCUUACUACAAUGAAAGCGUUUUAAGAGGGCUGUGUAUUUUUUCUGUAGAAAUAUUGUGUCAACUGUAAAUCUUGGAUGUAAACUGGACUUGAAAAAGAUUGCUCUCCAUGCUAGGAAUGCAGAGUACAAUCCUAAGGUAUGUGUUGUUUAUAUAUUUCAGCAAAGACUGAAUUGAUUCUCAUGGAGAUUCUAUAGCAUUUUACCAUUUAGUUCAUGAGGUACAAUCUAAGUGACUCACAUGGCAUAAGCUUAUCUCUCUUUCAUACUUCACUUAUUAUCUUUUAUUGUCUUCAUAUCUUUUGUCAGUCAUUGCUCUUUGUGAAAUUUUUUCCAUCUUUUUAUUUUCGCAGCGAUUUGCUGCAGUUAUUAUGAGAAUACGAGAACCAAGGACCACUGCUCUGAUAUUUAGUUCUGGGAAGAUGGUCUGCACAGGAGCAAAGAGGUAUAAAACAUAAUAAAAACCUUUGUACAAAAAUGUAAAGGUUGGAAGUGACUGAGGGUUUACAUCCAGGAUGUAUAAGGUAAAAAUAAACACUGAUGUGUGACUACUCAUAUCUUGGUCUUGACAGGAUGGAUGAAGGCCUUCAGAGUUAAGGUGUCUCAGCAGAAAACAUAAUAAAAGACAAACAUCUCAACCAGUGAAAUUUUCACAUUUUAAUUCUCAAGUUUAUUCCUUGAAUUCUGUUUGCUGUUAAGACUGAGCCUUUUCACUUCCGGAGUGAAUGAGGAAAUCUAAAGGUGGUUUAAACUGUUGAGUUUAUGGACAAAAUCCUGCUGUGUGGCCGUUCAAAUAAAACCUCUUCAGCAGUAUUUUCACAUGGUGUUAUGUGUUUUUUAGCAGUAUACAAAUUGAAGUUAUGAAGUUUUGACUUUGGACACUUGUGGUUACAUAGUGAAAGGAUUUGUGCUGCAUGAUGGUGAAAAUCUACUAACAAAAAAUGUCUCUGGCAAAGAGUAUGCAGUGAAAUGUGGACUAACUGAUUGAGAUGUGUUAUUCGGGCAAAAUGACUCACAAACUGUUUAUUUAUUAUGGCUCUCUUGCUCCUUGCAAAACGAGCUUGUUGUCUUUUUCUUGUUGUUCAAGGUCCAUUUUGUGCAACAGCUAGUUUGUCGUCACAGUAAUUCUGGAGUAUUUGACUCGAAAACAUUGGAGAAAUUAUCUUAUGGUGAUCCUCAGGCCCCUUCUACAAUCCUUUUGUCCCUAGGAUUUGUUGUGUAAUUGUUUGUGGCCUGUGACAUUGAUGUAUCUUUUUUAUUUUGCAGUGAAGAACAGUCCAGAUUAGCAGCCAGAAAAUAUGCCAGGGUUGUACAGAAGCUUGGUUUUCCAGUAAGUUCAUUAAUUCAGGAAAAUACAACACUGUUUUUUUUAUAAUGCAAAAACCACAAUUUUUAGGUGAAAAAGUGUGUAAAAGGAUAAGGGUAGGUUUGCACAGCCUUUCAGGGCGACAAGGCCAUGUUGUAGAGAGUCUGACUCUUAUCUUAUGUCUAUUGCAGGCAAAGUUUACAGAAUUCAAAAUCCAGAACAUGGUAGGUAGUUGUGACGUCAGAUUUCCAAUUCGUCUUGAAGGCCUCGUGUUAGCCCAUGGGCAGUUUUCAAGGUAAUAAUUAUGUUAUUAAGUGUUUGAAUUGGUUAGGCUUCCUAAAUCUUUACCAAUUGCAUGACUACGACCCAAGCAGCUGUGAAAAGCCAACAUAAACCUUCACAAAUGACUUUGAACUUUUCUUGCUCCUGUCUCGUUUAAAGUGACACAAUUAUUGUCAGUUGUAAAUUUAAACUUUUACAUUUAUUACAAUAAACUUUUAUUGUGAUUAAAAUAUUAUUAUUAGACAAUAAUAAACUACAAUAUAAACAGCACAUUUGGUACAAUUUGUUAUAUAUUUAUAAAUGUGUAUAAUUUCGUUUUCUUUUUCUAUUCAGUAGUUGUUGUUUGACAGUCAAAUGAUCAUAAACUGGUAUUAAUUUUUGUUAAAUGGUUGGUUUCUUUUUCCUUUCAGCUAUGAACCAGAGCUGUUUCCUGGUUUGAUUUAUAGAAUGGUCAAACCUAGGAUAGUAUUGCUGAUUUUUGUUUCUGGGAAAGUGGUUCUUACUGGUAAGGUUUAACUUGUCUUUCAGCUUUACAGGAAAAAUCAUAGGUCCUGUCUCACAGCACUUACACUUACCUGGUUCUUGUGGGACAUAAAAGAACCCAGACCACUGUUCGAAAAGUGUAGCGGGUGUAGACCCCGGCGGUGUGGUCAACCUUCACUCAUCACAUCAUUCACAUCAAGGGUUGAGUGGGUACAGUAAGCUCAUAUAUGGACCAGGGCAGCUGCCAGUGGCUCCUUUGUAUUGCAACGUUCAAGCUUACUGUUCACAUUAUUAAUAUAAAAUAGAGGGCACUUCCGUUGUCCUUUCAUUCAUGACUCCUUCCUUCCUUUAUAGUCAAAACAUCCUCUAUUAACAAUCAUUUCUUCAGAAACUGUCAUGCAGCCAAUUACUGGUCACAAUGACAGCUGGUCAUAGAACAUUCUCUCAUAAUGUGCAUUUUAAAUAAUUUCAUAUUUAUUAUGGUCCCUGGUUAUCUAUUUCAGGUGCUAAAGUCCGCUCAGAAAUCUAUGAAGCCUUUGAAAACAUCUACCCCAUCCUAAAGUCAUUUAGAAAGACAUAGUACUGAAAUUUAAUUAUUUAUUAUUACUUGCUUUAAAUGUCAAAGCUGUGCUUGCAGCAGACAGAGAGGAAGAUGGCAAAGAGUUUGGAAUAUUAGAACAAAGUGCAAAGUUAUCAUGUGAAGUAUUUCAUAAGUGUCACCUAAUAAGCAUUGUGCUGAAAUAACAUUAUCAUUAAUUUUCCUCAGAAAAUAAUAAUAAUUAUUAUAAAUUAUUUUAUAAACAAAAUUAAUCAAGGACUCAAUGUAUGUGUGUUUGUAUUUGUGUUUCAUGGGAAGAAUCGUUUUAUUUUUGCUCCCAAGAUAUUUCUGAAUGUAUAUUUUCCUGUAUUUCUUUGAGGCAUGUACAAUGAUAUUAUAAUCCUUGACCCAGGCUAUGAAGAUUUUCUUAACAGUUGAAGACAACUGUUACAGAGAUUGGCGCACAUUAUUUGCAUACUUUCAUUGUCAUUGGUUGCACAGCAUGUAAGCUGCAAUUAAUUCAAUAGGGGAAAAAUUAAGUUAAAAAGAAAAAAAACAAACAAACAAAAUAAAGUUACGUUCAUCUUGAAAUAGAUUCCAUUUUAGAGUGUUUUUCAAUCAGACGCUGUAGUGUUCUUUUAAUAGUGGGUGGUAAGGACCCUGUGGUAUGCAAACCAAACAGGAAAAACUACUACACCACAGGUAUACGAUGAGAAAUAAAUGUAAAGUACUCUUUGAGUCUUCCUGUUGUCUUAAAUGAAGCUACCAUUUAAUAGUUCAAAAAAAUUAUUUUUGUACAGUGUUAUUGUUGAG